CAUUCUUCUCAAAUUCAUUUUAGAAGAAGAAGAAGAACUUGGACAAUUCAUUCAUAUAAUUAAUUUUCUCUCUUCUUCUUCUUUCUCCUUUUCCUUAUUCACAUUAGAUCAGACUAUGGAUCGCCCAACACUAUCAUCAUUAUUUUCAUUCCUACUAACACUUCAUCUAUCAUUAUCAGGGGUAAUUUCAACAACAUUCACUCUAGUUAACAAAUGUGACUACACCGUGUGGCCGGGAAUUCUUUCCAAUGCGGGUGUUCCUCCUCUUUCAACCACCGGCUUGGUUCUCCAAACCGGCGCCUCCACCACAAUCGCCGCACCCGCGUCUUGGGGUGGCCGUUUCUGGGGCAGAACACUCUGCUCCGAAGACUCCACCGGCAAAUUCUCCUGCGUCACCGGCGACUGCGGCUCCGGCAAGCUCGAGUGCUCCGGAAACGGCGCCGCGCCUCCUGCCACCCUCGCCGAGUUCACCCUCGACGGAGCCGGAGGCCUCGACUUCUUCGACGUGAGUUUAGUCGACGGCUACAACGUGCCGAUGCUGGUGGUGCCGCAGGGUGGCUCCGGCGAGAAGUGCACCGCGACGGGGUGCGUGGGAGAUCUGAACGGCGCGUGUCCUUCGGAGCUUAAAGUGAUGGGCGCGGAUGGGAGAGAGGGCGUGGUGGCGUGCAAGAGCGCCUGCGAGGCGUUCAACUCGCCGCAGUAUUGCUGCAGCGGCGCGUACGGCACCCCCGACACGUGCAAGCCAUCGGCUUACUCAGCGAUAUUCAAGAGCGCUUGCCCACGCGCUUAUAGCUACGCGUACGACGACAAGACCAGCACCUUCACUUGCGCUUCCGCGGAUUAUACCAUAACCUUUUGCCCUUCCCCUACCACCAGUCAGAAGGCAUCACAGGGGCAAGAUGGUUCUUCAACCUCUCCCUUUCUUAACAACAACAGCACAAUGGUGUAUGAAGGUGCAUUUGAUCAGAGUGAAAUGUCGUGGGCCACGUGCAGACACGUGUUCCAAUCCCAAGCCAUUGCCGGCAUUGUCAGUAUCACGAUGGCUAUGUGGCGGUUGUGCCAGCUCUUCUAACUUGAGCAUUAUUCUUCACAGGGUAGUUGGGCCCAUGACCUUGCACGAGGCCACGUUCAUUGGCCCAAACAAACAAGUUAUAAGAUAUCUUUACCAUAAUUUUAUAGGGUAGCAGUAGCAGACUCCAAUACUACGUAUAUACAUUAUAUUAUGUAUGUAUUAUACAUGUAGCAAAAUAGGUAACAACGUAGUAAGGGAAUUUUUAGUUUGUUAUUUUAUGUUCCAGUUAGUAUUUAUUUAUUUUUCUAGGUUAGAUUAUCAAUAGGAAUACCAUUAUUGAAUUCUUUGUUUAUGGCCGGGGAAAUUCUUUAUCGGUUCGGGAAUGUGCGACUGUAAUAUUUGUCUAAAAUAAAGAAAUGGAUUCGUAUAUUAAUUUUCUGUA